GUGUCCUUAAAACGCGAGCGUCAAAAAAGGAAAAUUUUGGAAAACUCUCGCUCAUCGACUCCGCGCUAUCUCCUCGUCUUCACCCGCAUUUACAGAUGCUCUCUUCUUCGUUUUCUUCUUCUUCGACGAUUCUCACUCUAAGAAACAAAAACCCUAAUUUUCUUAAAUCUCUGAGAAAUGGAGCUCUCAACAACCGAGUCGUUUUCACCGCUCAAUUCCCUCGUGCCGUUUCCCUUCGGUGUUACGCUUCUUCCAGCGGAUUCGAUCGAGUUCAAGUUCGAAAUCCAGUCGUCGAGAUGGAUGGUGAUGAAAUGACGAGAAUUAUCUGGAAUAUGAUAAAAGACAAACUUAUAUUCCCUUAUCUUGAUUUGGACAUAAAAUACUUCGAUUUAGGGAUACUGAGUCGGGAUGCGACUGAUGACAAAGUUACUGUCGAAGCUGCUGAAGCAGCCCUGAAGUAUAAUGUUGCUAUCAAAUGUGCAACAAUAACUCCUGAUGAGACAAGAGUCAAGGAAUUUGGGCUGAAAUCUAUGUGGAGAAGUCCUAAUGGGACUAUUAGAAACAUCUUGAAUGGUACUGUCUUUCGUGAACCUAUCCUAUGCAAGAAUAUUCCAAGAAUUGUUCCCGGUUGGAAGAAACCCAUAUGUAUUGGCAGACAUGCAUUUGGUGACCAGUAUCGUGCCACUGAUACAAUAAUUACUGGACCAGGAAAGCUUAAGAUGGUUUUUGUCCCAGAAGGUGGAGACAAGCCGGUGGAGCUUGAUGUCUACAAUUAUAAAGGCCCUGGCAUAGCACUUUCUAUGUAUAAUGUUGAUGAGUCAAUUCGUGUAUUUGCUGAAUCCUCUAUGUCAUUGGCUUUUUCAAAGAAGUGGCCUCUUUACCUGAGCACAAAGAAUACUAUUCUCAAGAAGUAUGAUGGCAGGUUUAAGGACAUAUUCCAGGAUGUGUAUGAGAAAAAUUGGAAGGACAAGUUUGAAGCACAUUCUAUAUGGUAUGAACAUCGACUAAUUGAUGACAUGGUGGCAUAUGCCCUAAAAAGUGAAGGGGGAUAUGUUUGGGCUUGCAAAAAUUAUGAUGGAGAUGUCCAAAGUGAUCUACUUGCUCAAGGAUUUGGCUCUUUGGGCUUGAUGACUUCAGUGUUGUUGUCAUCUGAUGGGAAGACAUUAGAAGCCGAGGCAGCUCAUGGGACUGUAACUCGACAUUUCAGGCUUUAUCAAAAGGGACAAGAAACCAGUACAAACAGUAUUGCCUCUAUAUUUGCAUGGACAAGAGGACUGGAGCAUAGGGCCAAACUAGAUAAAAACGAAAGGUUGCUGGACUUUGUUCACAAGUUGGAGGCUGCUUGCAUCGAGACAGUUGAGGCAGGAAAAAUGACCAAAGAUCUCGCCAUUUUAAUCCAUGGCCCCAAGGUAUCAAAAGAGUUUUACUUGACCACUGGAGACUUCGUUGAUGCUGUUGCCAUAAAUCUUGAGCGGAAGCUUCAGCAACCAACCAUGUGCUAGUAGAUACUUAUAUUGUCAGGUGAUUCCCUGAGAUUUGAAGAUUUUUGGCGAGAUGAGUUUCUUUUAUUGAUUGUUACACUUGUAGCAGCUUUUGUUGCUUCCUUUGGAUAAAUAAAAAAAGCAAAGUUUAUCCAAAAAAAAUCAAGUUUAGCAUGCACUGUUAGGAUUCAUUACCCUCCUUGAUUUAAAAAUGCCAACUAGUUAGCAUCAAUCCAAAAAUAUUGACAAAAUAGUUUCGACAGGUGAUUACUAGAUAACAGGAAUAAUGAGCCUGCUUCAUGUAACACUAACCACAAACUAGGGUUGCAAUCAAGCUGAACCGAUCUUGAACAGUGAGAAGCUUGAGGUCUAUUUGAAGCUGCUUAAAACUCAAUUCAAGCUUGAUCAAGUAUAUGAUUCUAGAAGCUUGAGCUUGAGGUAAAAUCAAAUUAUUUGAGCUCGGCUUGUUUGAGUUUGUUUACAUGAUAUACAUACCCGAGAUCAAGUUUGACCUCAUUCAUUUCAUAUAUAAUUUUUUUUUUAUAUUUAAACAACAAAAUUUAGGGUUUGUGUUUUAAGCAUACA